AUGUCUCCCGUCGCGAUGAAUGUGGCGACCGAUCCCAUGCAGGUCGGACGGUCAUCAAUAACCAAGGAUGCUUCGUGGGCUAUAUUGCCAGUUGAAGUACGCCAAAUGAUACUCAAUUUGGUGGGAUUGCCCAUCUCUGAGAGACGAUACAACAGCCCGGGCUCCUCAAAGGUGGCUCGCUUCGCUGCAGUGUGCCGGGAAUGGCAGGUCUUCUUUGAGACUCGUACAUUUCGACGUCUUGUUCUUGACCCCGACUCUCUCAACGAGUUUCAUGCAAUCGUCAGACGCGAUGACACUCGGUUAGGGUAUAUCCGAAAGCUCUGGCUUCGGGUUCAGCUCUCAAAGUACGAGUGUCCCGAUUGUGACGAACCGGAGGAUGAGGCAACACAGUAUUGCAACAACAGGAUAUUCACAACCUGUAUUCAGUCCUUACUAGAAACUCUCAAACUCUGGGAUCCCGCGCGGCAUGGAACAGAGGGACUGGCACUGAUGUUGUCUGCUUCCUCGCCCAGCGAUACAGAGCAUUGGUUUAAUCGAUGCGAAAUCAAAGACAACUAUCCAUUUCACUACGCCGAAGACCUAGAUCUUGCACCUGGUAUAGUUGAUUUCCAUCGGACGAACAUUGCUGAUCCGUUCAACCAUCAUUUUUUUCGCGACUACCCUCCGCCGUUGGACAAUGGACAUGUCAAAAGGGUGCAGGGAACUCCGCUCCAUCUAGAACCACAAAAGGAUGAGCGAGGCCGUUUUAUCAGUCCAUACAAGAAUCUUCCGGCCGUGCCUAUCGUCAAGGGACUGGUCAUGCGCAGACAGUUUCGCAGGAACAUUCACGUAUGGACGCUGUCUCGACUACUAGGUCGAAGCUUUGUGGCAUUGGAGUGGUUCCGCUUCGAGAGGACUAUUUCCCAGGAGCCUCGUAAGCAACUUUCCUUUGAUCAAGGUAUGGAACUAUCUGAUGAAGCUAACGCCCCUUUAACAGACUUUCAGUCGCACUUACUACCCUCCCUGCCGAAAACAUUGCGCCAACUCUCCUUCACGCAGUGGGAAAUCCCUAAAUUUGAGCGCUGGGAUGGCCUUGAAGAAGUCAGAUUUGAAAUUUCCCCGUAUGCCCAAGCCUACUUGCCUCGGGAGAUGGCAACGCUUUCUCAACGACUAGAGCAGUUCUGCCCGCCAUGGCAGAUGGACACGGCCGCCUUUUUUCGGUCUAUUAUUGAACUGGGAGAAUCACCCACGAUGCUUGAAAGCUCCCUAAAACGUGUAAUCCUGCGAUGUGCGCUCUCAAGUUCAGACAGAAGCAGAAGAGAUUUCGAAUCGCUGGUAAUUCUCGCAGCUCAAGCGGCUAUGUCGCUUCCCCAACUAGAAGUCAUGGAACUUUGGGGUACCUGUCUUAACGAGCAGGACAGUCGCGCAUACAUCUUCCGGUACAGUUAUAAAGACAGUCGAGCCAGUAUCGUUUGGAGGAGCUGUCGCGGAAAGAUGGUGGCUCAGACGCGGAUCAUCGCCAAGUGGAGCGAGGUGGCCCAGAAACACUCGCAUUCGACCCUCGCGUACAACGUUAUCCCCUUUAUGGAGACCCAGGAAGAGAUUUUCGAGUCUAAUGGAACCUUUAUAUAUCGCCAUGUGCUGCUCAAAGAUUUGGUGUUUGAUCCAAUUACGCAGAUAAUCCUGGAGAAUGAGCCUACCGAAUGGGGCUUGGGUGAGGGGAGCGAUUCAUCCCAACAAGAUUAUGUUUUGACUUCGAAUCUCGUAGACCUAAACUCAUUGGAUAUCGAUCUGUUGAUGCAUAGCUUUGGACCGGAGACCGAUCUCGAGUCACUGCAACAGGAGCUCAUGGAUUUAAAUGCUGAAGUCGACGCCCUUGUCCAGCAGUAUUACGGGUAG